AUUACGGGUUUGACGAUCAAGUCAAACUUCUCUCUUCCAAUGGUCAGAUCUGACAUCCCAUCUCAUCUCAACCAGCUCUCGUAUUAUAGCAAAUUGGUUGAUCAUGAUCCAGACUACAGAACUCCACCCCCAACUUCCCAAACUCCCAGGGCACUCAGCAAGCGAGUAUCACCCCAGUGUCCAUGUCUCAUCUUCCCAUUUCCUCACGUAGAAAUCGGCGUUCUCGUUCCCGCUAGAAGUAUCAAUGUCGAUAACCGCACGGAAUGUGAGUGGAAUAGAGAAGACUUGACUGCCGAAAAAAAGGGGCGGCGUGUAAUGUGUAUUUCCAGCCGCAUUACAGAUUUGCUUAGGGGUAAAAGGGGCAAGCGGACAGUCUCCAAAGUUCCCUACUUGAACAGUAUCGUGCCCAGAUACGGUAGGGAUAUCGUCAAUUGUGGUGUGUGGAAAUGCUGGCAGGACAGGGCAGGGCAGACGGGGACGGGAUAG